UCCAUACAUGUUGUUAGUUGACGAUUAAUGUUUUUCAAAUAUUUCUACAUGUCGAGGCGCGUCCUUUGAGUUUGUUACCAACGGCUUUCCUAAAGCUUCGCCGAUACCUUGCUGUCAGCUUUUGUGCUUAUUUCAGGAUAAUGUUUUAACAAAUUUUUAUUACUUAGCGAUGUGGAAUUCGUCGAGUCAACUUAAUAAUGGCAGAUCCAUACAGUUUUGGAGACAAAAUCGAAGAUUACAAUGUAUUGAAUCUGCUCGGCAAAGGAGGUUUUGCAUGUGUUUACCGUGCCAAAUGUAUGAGAACCGGACAAGAUGUAGCUAUAAAAAUGAUCGACAAGAAACUGAUGAAAGCUGCCGAUAUGGUGACAAGGGUUCGAAAAGAAGUGGAGAUCCAUUCUCGUAUGAAACAUCCAGCAGUGUUAGAACUCUAUACAUACUUCGAGGACAAAAAUUAUGUCUACCUCGUAUUGGAGUUGUGUCAUCGAGGAGAGUUGCAUCGCUAUCUAAAAGCAUACAACAAAGUUCUUUCUGAGGAAGAAGCUGUCGUAUUUAUGGAUCAAAUUAUUAGUGGAAUGAUUUAUUUACAUUCUCACAAUAUUUUGCAUCGAGAUCUAACUCUGGCUAAUCUCUUACUUACUCGCGAAAUGGAUGUGAAGAUCGCAGAUUUUGGCCUGGCCACUCAACUCCAAAUGCCUGAUGAAAAACACUUUACUAUGUGUGGAACACCGAAUUACAUAUCUCCGGAGGUUGCUAUGCGUACAUCACAUGGAUUAGAAGCAGAUGUCUGGUCGCUUGGAUGUAUGUUAUACACCUUCCUUGUUGGAAACCCUCCAUUUGAUACAGAAGCGGUUAAAAGCACCUUAAACCGGGUUAUUAUGGUAGAAUACAACUUGCCCAAUCACCUUUCUCCGGAGGCCAAAGAUCUGAUCCAGUUACUAUUACGGAAAGAUCCGAAAGAAAGAAUAGCACUCUCUGAAAUUCCCGAUCAUCCAUUUAUGAAGAAGAGAUAUCCUUUGAGCUAUAGACAUCGGUGCCACCAGAAUUGUCAUGAAGCUUCGAUAGAUAGUGGUAAAGGUACGAUGAAUACAGAGACGAACAGCUGGAGCCGUAACAUUAGUCAUUCAACGAAUGGUUCCAGAAGCCGACCCUUUCUAGGAUUACCUAUCCAGGAAAUACAAAGUUACAUCUCAGAAAAAGACGAUUAUAGUUCGGAAUUCUUUCCAGAAAAUACCAAUGUGUUUCCACAUAAAUUUGAACAAGGCAAAUAUUUGGAUAUUCAUCCGGCUGCUCUUUCUGCUUCGUCUACCCAACAUGACAACCGAACAAAUCCAAAAGUCGGCAACCAGACUGCCUUCCACCAUGGAAGUUGUACUAAACCACCUCUUCUGUUAGAAUCUCAUCAACAUAAGGUAUUGUUGAACAAAAAUUAUAUUCCAAAUUCAUAUAAUCACCAAAUAAGUAGAAAUGAUUGUAAUUAUAAUAAUUCUAAUAACGUUCUUUGGGAUCGAAUCACAACUGGUGAUAAACCUUUUCACGAAAUGGAGGAUUGUAAUGUAGACCCUUCUAAAAUUCCAGUAAAUUCCAAGAGUACUUGUAGCCUUUCAUGCAGUGGAUCUUUAUGUAGUAACAAUGCUAACUUGUUAUCAAGUGAUCCGAGUUCAAGUAGUCAACCAAACUUAUCUGAUCAGAGCAGUAGCAACUCCUUACACAUGCAUCCCGGUGUAGGCAUUACCUCGGAUACCUCGUCGGAGGGUAGCAGUCCAGAUGUAGCUCUAAGGAAGGAAGGGCGUGUAGGGACUCUAUCAAAAAUGGCAUUUGGUAAAAACACUAAAUUAAAAGAAGAGCCUACUCUUUCUCUGAAGAAAAGAGAGUGUGUUGGAGAAGAUUGUGAUAGUGGUUUGAAGACUACAAAUUCUUCAAACCAGAUUAAGUAUUCAACAUCAGUAAGCAAUAAUCCAACUACUAAAAUUACAACUUCAUCAAAAAAUCGAUCAAACCAUAAUGCUGAAUUGCCUCCAAGUACCAUUUCAGCCCUUUCUUCAAUACGACUACGACCUAUUAGACAACGUACUAAGACAGCUUUUGUGAGCAUCCUUGAUGGUGGAGAUGUAUGUUUGGAAUUUGUAAAGAAUCGAAGCAAAGAGGAAUACAUAGCAGAGAUAUUCUUGAUUUCUCAGGAUGGUAACAAUGUGACCAUAUACCAAGCUAACAAUGGACAAAAAUUUGAUCCCAAUCAAGUCCCUCCUCCUCAUUCAGCAAAUGUCAUUAAAAAAACAUUUCAUUUGCAAUCCCUUCCUGAGAAAUACCUGAAAAAAUACCAGUAUGCAUCAAAAUUUGUUAAUCUUGUAAGAUCAAAGACUCCAAAAGUGACACUGUACACCACAAAGGCAAAAUGUAUGUUGAUGGAGAAUUAUCCUGAACCUGAUUUUGAAGUGGAUUUUUAUGAUGGUGCUAAAUUUACUAUUUCAUCUUCAGGAAUCAGAAUCAUCGAAAACAAUGGUACUUCUCUUCUUUUGGAAUCUGGUGAAACAGGUCAGUGCUUUAGUAGUGAAACACAAAAACUGUUAGCUUAUGUAAAAGAUUGUCGUCAACGUUGUAUUGAAUUAGAACAAGUGAUAAGUACAGUUGAGCUAAGUUGUAAGACAGUAGAUAAUCUUUUCCCAAUAAUAAUUGGACGUAAACCCAAUGUACUUGUUGCUAAUGCUAAAACAGAUGACCAUGAUAUAGUCAAGAGUGCCAAAGACAGUACCAGUCCCACUAUUAUCCCUAGUGAAUAUCCUACAGAUGUAGAGGGUUCCUUAGAUGGAACUUACUCAAACAGCCCGUUGAUAACUACACAAAACUCAACUUGUAACAGUUCUCUUCAUAGAAAAUCCUCAUUCAACAAGCCAGCUAGCCCUUCUGUUACCACUGAUCUCACAUCCAGUGCAUCUUCCAAUCACAGUAGCUGCAACAACUCCUCUCACAACAACACACACAACAAUAGAAUAGUGCGACAGAUUUUCGUUCCAAAUGUUGGUUGGUCAUUCCAGUAUAUAAAUGGGGAGAUUUGGAUCAAGUUUAAUGAUGGCACCCAACUCGGUGUGAAGCCUUCAGGACAAACAUUUAAAUAUGUAGAUGUUGAUUGUAAAAUGGCCAAGUACCAGAAAACAGAUGUAUUACCAGGUUUUGUUAAAAAGAAAUUAGAAACAGUUCCAUUUGUGGUUAAAAGUUUGUUGUCAGAUAACAGAAUGCCUGAGAUUCCAUAACACAUUAUUCUUCAUCUUUCAUCUUUUACAUUUGGUAUAUUUGUUUAUAUAUAUAUAUAUAGGUAUGUAUAUAUAUAUAUAUAUAUUUAAAGGUGUGUGUAUGUUAUCUGACUUGCCACAACAAAUUCUAUUAAUAUUUCAAAUUUCAUGUGGUUUCUUACUCUUCCUUAUAGUUUUUCUUAAUGGUUUGUUUGCUUGACAUCUGCUAGUUUGCUGAAUUUUGAUCUUUUCUCACAAAUUUUAAUCAUGAAAUUUUAAUUCAACUUUUCUCACCCUCUCUCACACUACACAUUUUUCAAACCUUUUUGUAUAUUUAUUUAUUAACAUUCCUCUAUCUCCACUAUAUCCAUCUACCUUCUCUAACACUUAUCAUUUUCUCCUCUACUUUUAACUAUUGCAAAAGAAUAGCUUUUUUUAAAAAAAACAGAAAGAUUGUUUUGUCCCUGUUUGCUGCUCUUCCAAACUAAAAAAAUUCAUUUUUGUAGUCUUCCCUUUUUCAAUGUUAAACCAUUUUAUAUGUUGAUUUUAAUGUCUCGAGUAUUUAUUCAUACAUUUUUAUCUUAAUUUAAUUACCAUUUCCAAAUCAUACCUAUUAACUCUGCAUAAAGAAUGGUAUGGUAAGAGUAAACUUCACUUUGUGUGCAUGCAUUAGGGAUAAAUAAAGGGCACUAAUAAAUUAAUAGAAACAUUAUUUCUAAAUCUCUCAAAGAGAGAAUACUAAUAAUUUACCUUUAAUUAUACAAUAGACACAUCAGGACAUCUUAAUUAGAAGACAUUGUUUAAAAGUAUAAGAAAACAAAAGCAAUGAGAAAUCCCUUUUUUCUUGCAUUUUUUUCUAUUUGCUCCUCAUUUAAUUGCUGAUGUUUUUUUUUUUUUUUCAUGCUUUAUACACCCUUUUUGUCUGCAUAAUUAUUCCCAUUUAUAGUUUAUCACUUAACGACUAUUUUGAGAUUGAUUUUUCUUAAUGAGAAAUGCUCUUCAUCGAUUUCUAUUCCUGGCCAAAUUAUCACUGAUUUUCAGCCCUUCUUCCCCCUUACCACCACCACCACUGUUAUCUGCACCUCCAAAGCAAACUUGUUCACAACUAGAGUUUUCAACCACUCAUUGCCGAACAUUCACAUACAAUGCUGUACAUACUAAGAAUCGAUUAACCAAACAACUUCAUCAACACUAUGUGGACUCCAUCAUUAUUUUAUUUAUUUUUUACACCCCUCCACAUUGAUGCACUCAACACACCUGCAUACACUAACAUCUUUGUUUUAUUAUUAUUAUCAUCAUCAUCACCAUCAUAAUCGUCAAUUAUUGGCUUCAUUUUGCAUACUUCUUUCUCUUCUUCCUUUUCUAUUUCCACUUUGUUCAUUCUGUUUUGUACAUAGUAUUACAUAUUCUUUUGUUAUUGGUCUUUUGACCUUAAACCAAACAGAACUGACUGACACUUAGACACUUGUAUAACGACUAGGAUCAGGUAUAUUCUGUAUAAAACUGUUUUUUACUGAGACGUGUAUAGCUGCAUUUCUGUGUGUGUGUGUGUGCAUGUGCAUUCUGAAUGUGUUUCAAAUUUGUUUACUCUCAAAUAUAAUUUUUGUAUUAAAAGGUUUAAAAAUAUAUAAAACUGCAACAUAACAAAUUUUAUAUUAUUUUAUAUUCUAUCUAUAUUGUCGGUAUUAGUUACAUUAUAGUUGUUGUUUAUAUAUUUUUUAUUAUCAUCAGUGCCAUUGUUAUUUUUCUUUAUAAUCAUCAUGGUAAUUAUUAAUGAUAAUGAUUAUAUUAAGUCAAUACUACUAUCAAUAUUAGUAGUAAUGCUACAAUUACUAUUCUUAUUGCUAAUGUUAUUAUUAAUAUUUAUAUUGUCUUAUUUUUAGUAGUAUUAUAAAUGUUAAUAAUACUAUUUAAUCAUAUCUGAGUCAAUAAAAUACAUACCAGUAAUAUGCUUAAGAUAAGAUGGCAUGCUGGCAGAAUCAUUAGCACACCGGGCAAAAUGCUUAGCAGUAUUUAAUCCGUCUUUACAUUCUGAGUUCAAAUUCCACUGAAGUUGACUUUGCCUUUCAUCCUUUCUGGUUCAAUGAAAUAAGUACCAGCUGAACACUGGGAUCAAAUUAAUCAUCUUAGCCCCUUCCCUGAAAUUUCUGACCUUGUGCUAAAAUUUGAAGCCAGUCUAAUAUUAAUCUAAUGGAUUAUGCCCCUUACCUUCAUUAAUCCUACCUAAUAAGGAAAAUGUUAAACUAAUAUUAAUAUUUAUAAUGCUGUCAUGAUUUUCAUAAGAGGGAGGAUAUAGUGCAGUAAGUUUAACCCAGUUUAUUACAGGUAUUUAACAUGAAUAAAAUAACAAUAUUAAAAUUGUUAUUUUAAUAUUAUCAUAGAUCCAGCAAUCAAUAAAUUAAGAACCAAUACUGUAUUACAGAUUGAACAGUAUUACUAUAAAGAUCAAUAUUAUUAUAAAGGUGGUGAAUUGGCAGAAUUAGUAAAGCACUGGAUGAAAAGCCUGGUAACAUUUGGUUUUGUCCCUUUAUGUUCUGAGUUCAAAUCCUGCUUCUCUGUCAUCCAUCCUAUAUCGAUAAAUGGUUUUGAUUUAAUCAACCGUUCCUUCCCUUGUAUAUGUGGCCUUGUGCCUAAGUUAGAAAUCAUUACUAUUAAGGUGAUGAGCUGACUAUAUGGUUAGGGCAUUGAACAAAAUGCUUAGCAGCAUUUCUUCCAGUUCUUUCCAUUCUCAGUUCAAACACCUCCCAGGUCAACUUCGCCUUUCAUCUUUUCAGGCCUGAUAAAAUAAAGCUCCAGUCAAGUACUGGGAUCGGUGAUAUCAUCUAAUCCCUUCUUCUCGAAAUUGCUGGCCAUGUGCCAAAAUUUGCCGAGCUGGCAGAAUCAGUAGCAUGCCAGACAAAAUGCUUAGCUACAUUGUUUCUGGUUUUAAAUUCAAAGUUCAAAUUCCACCGAGACCGACUUUGCUUUUCAUCCUUUCAGAGUCAAUAAAUUAAGUACCAGUUGACCACUGGGGUUGAUGUAAUCAACUACUCAACUCCCACAAAAUUUCAGGCCUUGUGCCUGUUGUAGAAUGGAUUAUUAUUUUUAAGGUGGUGAGCUGACAGAAUCAUUAGGACGCUGAGCAAAAUGCUUAGCAGCAUUUCGUCCAUCAUUAUGUUCUGUGUUCAAAUUCUGCUGAUUUUCGGAGUUGAUUAAAUAAGUACCAGUUGAGAACUGGGUUUGAUGUAAUCGACUAUCCCCGAACUCACAAAUUCUAGGCCUUAUGCCUAUAGUAGAGAGGAUUAUUAUUAUUAUUAUUAUAAUAAAGGGCAGUAGAUUGUUGGAAUUGUUAGAACACCAAACAAAAUGUCUUACAGUAUUUCUUCUGGCUCUUUAUGCUCUGUGUUAAAUUCCCACCACAAAUUCAUAAAAUAAAGUACCAUUCAAAUAAUGGAAUCAAUGUAAUCAGCUAGCCUCUCCCCAAAAUUUUAGGCCUUGUGCUUAUAUUAAAAAUAAAAAUUAAAAUAAUUCCUACUACUACUACUACAUUUUGACUUCAAAUUCCACCAAGGUCAACUUUGCCUUUCAUCUUUUCAAGGUUGAUAAAAUAAGUACCAGUCAAGCACUGGGGUUGAUUUAAUCAACCUGCCCUUCCCCAAAAUUUCAGGCCUUGUGCUUAUAGUAAGAGAAAUUAUUAUUAUUAUCAUUAUUAUUAUUAUUAUUAUUAUUAUUAUUAUUGUUCUUGUUAUUAUUAUUAUUAUUAAUUUUUUUUCUUGUAUUUUUAAUGUUAAAAGUAUGGUGAAAAAAUGGAAAUUAAUUUUAACGUUUCAAACUUUUGACUGAACUCUUCACUUUGAUAUUAUUUAUAUAUACUAGUGUAUUUGAAAUAUCAGCAUCAAAUUCUCAAAAGGAAAUAUUUAUUUCUUAAAGAAUGUUGGCACACUCAAAUAAAUAUAAUUUCAUUCCUACA